CACACACACACACACACACACACACACACACUCUCCAGAGAGACAAAGGCAGAAAGACCCGAGAUCGCAGGGGUUGGGAAACAGAACCAAAGAAAGGUAGGGAGAGAAAGAUAUUGACAGAAAAUCCAUCUGACACUCCAGAUACAGGGAGUGAGGGAACAAGAAGCCACCAGGACAGCGCAGGUCAGCAGCAGGACGGCUGGACAUCCCACAGAGAUGUAGUGGUCUGCGCCUGGCAGGGUGGGGUCAGUCGGAGCCUGGGCUGGGGCAGGGGGCAUGGGAGGGGCAGGCCUUCUGUUGCUGCUGUUGGCCGGGACUGGGGCAGGAGAGGCCUGGAGUCCCCCGAAGGGAAAGUGUCCUCCACACUGCUCCUGCUCCAAGGAGAGUUCCCUGUGUGAGGGCUCCCCCGAGCUGCCUGAGAGUUUCCCCGCUGCGCUCCUGUCACUCUCACUCGUCAGGAUGGGGGUCUCCCGGCUGAAGGCUGGCGGCUUCUUGAAGAUGCCAUCAUUACACCUGCUCCUGCUCACGUCCAACACCUUCUCCGCGAUCGAGGACGAUGCCUUCGUCGGCCUGUCCUACCUGCAGUACCUCUUCAUCGAGGACAACAAGAUCGGCUCCAUCUCCAAGAACGCCCUGAGAGGACUCCGCUCACUCACUCACCUAAGCCUGGCUAACAACCACCUGGAGGCUCUCCCCAGAUUCCUGUUCCGAGGCCUGGAGACUCUGACUCAUGUGGACCUCCGUGGGAACCUGUUCCAAUGUGACUGCCGAGUUCUUUGGCUGCUGCGGUGGGCGCCUACGGUGAAUGCCAGUGUGGGCAUGGGGGCCUGUGCGGGCCCCUCCUCCCUUAGCCAAAUGCAACUCAGUCACCUGGACCCUAAGAAGUUCAAGUGCAGAGCCACAGAACUGUCCUGGCUCCAGACUGUUGGGGAGUCGGCCCUGAGCGUGGAGCCCUUCUCCUAUCAGGGGGAACCUUACAUGGUCCUGGCACAGCCCUUUGCUGGCCGUUGCCUUAUCCUGGGCUGGGAUUACAGCCUGCAGCGCUUCCAGCCUGAGGAAGAGCUAUCUGCGCCCUCUGUGGUGUCCUGCAAGCCCCUGGUGCUGGGCCCCCGCCUCUUCAUCCUGGCCGCCCGCCUGUGGGGGGGCUCGCAGCUGUGGUCUCGGCCCAGCCCCGACCUGCGCCUGACCCCAAUGCAGGUCCUAGCCCCGCAACGCCUACUGCGGCCCAACGACGCCGAGCAGCUCUGGUUGGAUGGGCAGCCCUGCUUCGUGGUGGCUGACUCCUCCAAGGCCGGCAGCACCACGCUGCUGUGCCGCGACGGGCCUGGCUUCUACCCACGCCAGAGCCUGCACGCCUGGCACCGCGACACGGACGCCGAGGCCCUGGAGCUGGACGGACGGCCGCACCUGCUGCUCGCUUCGGCCUCCCAGAGGCCUGUGCUCUUUCACUGGGUUGGAGGCCACUUCGAGAGGCGCACAGACAUCCCGGAGGCGGAGGACGUCUAUGCCACGAAACACUUUCAGGCCGGUGGAGACGUGUUCCUGUGCCUGACACGACACAUCGGGGAUUCCAUGGUCAUGCGCUGGGACGGCUCCAUGUUCCGCCUGCUGCAGCAACUUCCGUCUCGAGGUUCCCACGUCUUCCAGCCACUGCUAAUUGCCAGCGACCAGCUGGCCAUCCUGGGCAGCGACUUUGCCUUCAGCCAGGUCUUCCGCCUUGAGCCUGAUAAAGGGAUCCUGGAGCCGCUACAGGAGCUGGGCCCCCCGGCCUUGGUGGCUCCCCGAGCCUUUGCCCACCUCACGGUAGCUGGAAGACGCUUCCUCUUCGCGGCGUGCUUCAAGGGCCCCACACAGAUCUACCAGCACCGUGAGUUGGAUCUCAGUGCCUGAGACCGGGAAGGACCCCGGAAGGGGUUGUGGGGCUGGCGAGGGCAUGCUGGGACAUCUGGGUACCCUCCCUGGCCGGGCCUCCUGGCUGUCACAGCCAGUCCUGUGUGAUACAGCCCACUAGCCAAGGGCAUCGGCCUGGAUCUGCGCCUUAGGGGCAGAUGGAGGCGGUCUCUCUGCUCCCGACUACAUAUGGGGGCCUUCCAGUCUGAAGCCACAUUUUGGCUGAGAUGCUCCCAUAUACAGCGACUUGGGAGCCCAGCCUGGGACAGAGUGUGGAGUCGGGCUAGAGAAAUCAAGACAGCAAUCUGCUGGGCCCCGAGAGUUCUGGAAGUCCUGCCUUCAACAUCUCCCCCACCCCCCUUGGUCCUGCUCAAUAUAAAGUACUGAGAGAGAGCGUUCCUUUCCACCCAAACCCAAUUUGGCCCUCGGCUUUCGUGGAGGAGUAGGUAUCUCUGUGACGUCACCAUUACUGGGCCGUUUUUUCCGGGCUCGGUACUUUGCUGCUUGUGCGCAUGCCUGCUGCCAGAGGCUGAUGGGGGACGGGGGUUUUUGUUGUUGUUGUUUUGUUUUGUUUGCCGCCUUUACGCACGCACAGAAAAAGUAAAGCAGUAAUGAUGAGUGAAGAAAUGCCGCAGAAAGCCCUGGGUGUCCCUUCCCAGAACGUGACAGGGGCAGGAAAGUGUAUGAGUGAGUUCAAUGCGUGCCCCUGCGCACCGGUCCUGCCCGGCCUGUGGGCUCAAGGCGGAAGGGUCUUGUGGACUGGCCUCUUGAAAAGCUUUAGGCAUUUUCUGGGGUGGCACGUGGGAUCAUUCUGGAGGCCCUGAGGGGUGGGGGUGGGGGUCUCAAGAGAACCUGGGGUCAGUGGAGGGGCGCCGCCACCGUUAUUAUUUGGUCCCUGGGGCAUCAAACGUCUCACGGGGACAGCUGGUGUAUGGGAAGGUCUCGCGGUAUAGUGAGCUCCCCGCUG